UUUCCAUUGAGCAAUUUUGAGCCACAGGGUCUCACUUACUGUACUCCGUACUCUCCCGCCAAGUCGAGCGCCGGGGAAAAACAGGCAAUUGCGGGGUAGACGAAUGUGGGUGCCCUUUCAAGUUUCAACUGACUUGGUUUUAAUCUCGUGGGCCGUGAUAAGCUUAUACGUGUCCCAAUCUUUCUCUUUUUUUUUCUCAGUUAGCCUUCGCCCUGACUAGCAACAAUUACUUCCGGAAGUCUACCUGAUCGCCCGAGAACAAUAACAAUAUGGGUGACAAUACUUCCGUCAAGUUCACCUCUCUGGGCGCCAUCAUCCAGGAAUUCAACGUGGGGGGUCAAAACAUAGUCCAGGGAUUCACAACCCAGAAGCUAUACGAGGAACACAACAGUCCCUGGUUCGGUGCCAACAUUGGCCGGGUGGCCAAUCGGAUCAAGGACGGAAUCAUCCGCAAUCUCAACGGUCGUGAAUAUCAGCUGGAGCAGAACGAUGCCCCCAAUGCCCUGCAUGGCGGCAGUCAAGGCUGGGGCCGACGCAACUUCGAGGGCCCAACCGUCCUGCAGCGGCAUGGCAAGGACACCCUGCUUUACACCUAUCGGAGUCUUCACAACGAGGCCGGGUACCCGGGUACGGUGGACUUGAAGGUCUUCUACACGGUCAGCGAGGAGAAGGAGGGUAACAUCACCCGAUCCGUGCUGGAUAUUGAAUAUGAGGCCGAAUUGGUGGGCGAUGAGUGCGAGGAGACCGUCAUCAACCUGACCAACCACAGCUAUUUUAACUUGGGUAGCGGCGCAACCACCGAAGGGACUAUCGCCAAGCUGUCGACACAAGAUUACCUGCCCCUUGCGGGUGGGAUCCCUCGCGGCCCAGUCGAACCGUAUCCCAGCCAGGUGACGAAAGAGUUCACCUUCGGGCCCGAAAAUCAGUUCGACGAUAUUUUCGUGAUGGAACGCGAGAUCGCCCGGGUGCCCCUCGAUACACGCGGACAGCCCCUCCAGCUGCAGGCUGAAUUCCGCCACCCGGACUCGCAUCUGAACCUGCAGGUGUAUAGCACGGAGCCUGCAUUCCAAUUCUACACGGGACAGGGCAUCGACGUGCCGGCCACGGAAGGGAACCCGAGCCGCGGGCCAUUUGCCGGGUUUUGUAUCGAGCCUAGUCGCUUUGUCAACGCGAUCAACGAACCAGCCUGGCGGCACACGGUGGUCCUGAAGAAGGGAGCUCAGUACGGCAGCAAGAUCACCUAUAAGGCAUGGAAAGACCCGCGCUGAACUGCCGCGGCAAUGGAGAUGGAACGAAUGGGGUUUAGGUUUGAUGGUCAGUCAGACCACUGAUCGGUUGAAUGAUUGUCGCUGUUGACCUUUGACUGGCGGUAGAUUUGAACUUGGGCCUUGGAUCUCGGCAUCUUACACUCCGAUCAGUGCCUAUCUGCACACGUAACAAGUAAUUUGUCCUCAAGUGCGGAACAAUUUCCGCUCAAUUUCUCACAAUG